AAUAAUAUAAACAAAACACAAUGUAAAAUCAAUUUAAAUAACUUUUAAAUACAAUUUUGGGAGAAACUUUAUCUUCGAAAUAGAUAAAAUAGUGUAAGUUUCAAACAAGGAAUGAUCAUCUGUGGUGUAACGGUUAAUGCCAUUGAGAAACAGAAAAGUGCUGAAAACAACAGCUUUCUGAGGGCAGCCGUGAAAGAGGAAACAAAGAUGAAAACCAAAAUGGUUUAGAAAAAAGUGUCUAGACACAAGCAGAGGAUGAGCUCAAGAAAGUGAAAAGACAAUUCGGAAGUAAGGGGCGGGCAUUCAGAAAAUGAAAACUAAUUUUCUCCUAUAUAAGUCUUGUAGGAAUGAUGGUCUUCAUAGGACCUAGAGGGGAAGGUUCAGAACCACACAGCCCACAGGACCAGCAGCAUCUGCAACAUCCACAAUGGCCAAACCCUGUGACUUCCUGAUGAUCCUGGUGCUGAUGAGCUACUGGUCAACCUGCUGUCUGAGCUGUGACCUGAGUCAGAAUGACAACUUCAUGAACAAGACUCUCUUCAAACUCCUGGUACAAAAGGAGCAAUCUUCCCGUCUUCUCUGCUUGGAGGAAAGAAAGGUCUUUCUAUGUCCCCUGGAGAAGAUGGAUGCCCAGCAGCUCCAGAAGCCUCAAGUGAUCAAGGUACUGUAUGACGUGAUUCAGCAGAGCCUGAUGCUCUUCAGCUCAAAUGAGUCAUCUGCUGCAUGGGAGACAACCCUCCGAGAGCAAUUCUGUGAUGUCCUCUCCCUGAAGCUCGAAGACCUGCAGUCCUGUCUGAUGCAGCAGGUGAGGAAAGACCCUGUGAAGAAAUAUUUCCGGAAGAUUAUUGCCUACCUCAGAGAGAAGAAACACAGCCCCUGUGCUUGGAUGGUGGUCAGAGAUGAAGUCUGCAGAGCCUGGUCUCUCUCAGCCGACUUGCUAAAAGGAUUGAACAAGGAGGAGGAGUAAGUCCUGAGGAGUCUCCUGGGAUUGGACACUGGACCUCACUAAGUUCUCCACUAAAAACUCUUGUUCAUUUUGGCAUGAAUUCAAUCAACCUGCCUAGAUGCUUCAGCAGAACAGAGACAACUUGGGUCUACAUAUGAAAGCUUUGUUCCUUCAUCCUCUUUGGUGUAUCUGUGUUUGUAUUUAUUCACUCAUUUUACUAUUUAUAUAAUUUAAGUUAUUUAAAUUCAAUCUUAAAGUUUUAUAUUUUCUUUAAUGUAGCAAACCAUCCUGUGUGAUUAAAUUAUUUUGUUUUCUAUUAAAUUUUGCUGUAUAGAACAUUUUUUAAUUUGUUAAUUCUGUAAUUUUCCAAUUUUCCCAGUAUUUUUAAGUGGAUACUCUACAUCAUACAAAUUAUACAAAUGAUCACAAUGUCAAAAAAUUGAGCAGGAUACAUGUGUACAACGGCAUAGUGCUUAGACAAACCCUGCAUCUGUCCCUCUAAUUCUCUUCAGGAUGUAGUAUUCUGUUUGGACAGUCAGCACGCUGUCCAGAAUCUUGUUCCUGUCACAUUGUGACUUGGUCCUCUUUGAUGUCAUGUUCACCAGAGUAAUCCUCCCUCUGACCUCCAUGACCUCUGGUACCUUUCGUCCACUCUCAACUUCUGUGAGUUUGGCAGUUUUGGGUUCUAAGUAUGAGUGAGAUCAUGUGCAGUGAUAUAAAAUAGAUCACAGAAAAAUCAUCAACCUGCCUGAAUACCACAGCAAACAUACCAAGAAGUCAGUAAAUCAACUCCAUUCAUAAUAGUCUCAAAAAUAUACCUGCAAUAAAUCCCACCACGGAAGUGAAAGGCCUCUGAAAUUAAUCCUCCCUCUCCAUUUCAUGGGUUUUUCUCCUCUUUCUUCUCCUCCUCCUUUUCAUCCUUCUCCUCUGUCUUAGGGCUUCUAGUUGUGCACAGGGGCAUCUCCUGGAACCUUAGAUAACCUCUCUUAGAGGCCCCACCCCUGUGGACAAUGAAUCUCUCUCUCAGCAGCCACCAGUUGCCAUAGUUCCUCAGCUACAAGUGGAAUUUCCUGCGUUUUCCAAGCUGGGAUGUUGUCUGGCUUGGUCUUGUUCAUUCAGUCACAGCCACUCUCAGUUCAUCUGUGUAGCUACCAUGCUGGUCCAAGAACACUGCUUUGCUGCAGUCAUGCACGGCCUCUGGAUCUUGCAAUCCUUCUGCUCCCUCUUCUGCAAUGGUCCUCGGGGCCAGGAAGUCAGCCCUUUAUUUUCUGCUCCGUGACCACUUGUUGGUUUCUGUGUUCAUUGCCAUCUGCUGUAGGAGGCUCCUGUGGUAGGGGUAGUAAUCCCUCAGUAACACUCUCUUAGACAUGUAGCUGUUAUCUCAAAUCAGGUGUGGUGACAAUACCAAUACAGCACUGCUCUUGUUCUUUGGUAUCUUCAUGGGAGAAAUACAAUUUGGUAACUUCUGGGAGAAAUAAAAUUUCUGUUUUUAUUUGGAUUGUGUGAUGGUUUAGAUAGGAAUGGCCCUAUAGACUCAUGUGUUUGAAUGAAAAGUGGCCAUAUUAGGAGGUGCAGCCUUGUUGGAGUAGGCAUGGCCGUCUUGCUGGAAGUGUGUCACUGUGGGUUGGGCUUUGAGGUCUUAUAUGCUAAGGCUAGGUCUAGUGUGGUAGACCCUUCUGUUGCCUCUGGAACAACGUGUAGAACUCUUGCUCAUUCCCUAGUAGCGUGUCUGCCUGCAUGCUGCCAUGUGUCCCACCAGGAGGAUAAUGGACUACAUCUCUGAAACGUUAAGCCACCCCCAAUUAAAUGUUUUCAGAGUUGCUGUGGUCAUGUUGUCUCUUCACAGCAAUAGAAACCCCAAGUAAGACAGACUGCAUUGCACAUGAAGAUCCCUUGGACAUAUAAAAACUUUCAUAACAACAUUACUGUAUUUAAAAACAUAGAUCUUUCCCACUGAAAUUAGUAG